ACUCCAUCUCUCCUUUGUGCCCUGCGUACUCUAACCUUCUGCCGUCUAUUCUUAAUCCUGUUUGUUUGUUGCGUGCCAAGAUGAAAACCGAGCUGGUCUCCGUCAUUACUGCUCUAUGCUUGCUUACGCCCAUCGUUGCCGCGAGCACUCUGGAGGCGGCCUCGGCACUGGAAGAGCGCCCAAUUAUUGAAAGCGAGAGUGCUGCUGAGGCCGGGGACAGCGCGCUUGGUGAUGGUCUUCUCCACGGAUCAGGUCAAGCGGAACUGGACGACGACGACGACGAUGAUGAUGCUGAUUCUUCCAACGACGAGCAUUCCACCGCUCCCGAUUAUUCUCCUUGGUCCCAUAAACCGGUCUGUACCGACUUCUUGGACGAGCUAGGCGACCAACUGUGCGUCUACACCGACGCGACGUUCAGCAACGGCCGGGGCAUAUCGAUCUUUACGACGCCCCCAAUCGCCCAAGAAUUCGCGUCGCUCCUCCCCUUCCAAGAUCCAACCGCUCUAUCUUCCCGUGGCAUUAACCUGGAUGACGACGUGGACAGACCGUGGUACACCACGCCAAUCCCAGGGAAAGGGGUGGGCAUGCUGGCCACCCGGGCCCUGCAACGCGGCGACCUUAUCACGGCGUACACCCCGUACCUGCUCGCGCACAUGGAGAACGUCCUCUCGACCUCGGAGCGAGAGCGAUUCCUCCGGAUAGCCGUGGACCAACUCCCCGCGGCCAGUCGGGAUGUGUAUCUCAGCCUGGCGAAGAUCUACGGCGAGCCGAGCGUCGUGGUCCAGGACGUGGUGAAAGCGAACGCCUUCGAGAUGCAGGUCGGAGGGCAGAUGCAUCUGGCCGUGUUCCCAGAGGCGUCGAGGAUGAACCAUGCUUGUGGGCCAAACGCACAAUAUUACCUCUCCCCGACACUGCUCACGCACUUCGUGCACGCGGUGCGCCCGAUCGCGCAAGGCGAAGAGGUGACCAUCUCGUACGCGCCGCCGCUGCGCCUGCACGCGGACCGGCAGCAGUACCUGCAGUCGACGUUCCACUUCGCGUGCACGUGCGCGCGGUGCACGCACACGGCGGCGCGGCCGCUCGAGGACGCGGACAAGGCGACCGAGGACAUGAUCGCGCUGCAGUGGGCGCUGUCGCAGUGGACGGCCAACUCGACCGCCAGCGUCAAGAAGGCCGAGAUGCUCGUCGCGCUGUACCGCCAGGAAGGGCUCGACGCGUUCCUGGACGACGCCUAUGGCCACGCCGCCCUCACGUACAACGCUGCGGGGAGCGCCAGGGGCGCGAAAAAGUACGCAAAGUUGGCCGCCGAGGCUGCGCGCUUGAAGUACGGGCCCGACGCCGAGGCGGCGAGGGAGUGGGACAGGAUCGUGAAGGAUCCGACGGUGCAUUCGAGCUGGAGAAGGAGGAAGACGGGCUAAAGUAUCGGCAUGUGUACAUGAAUACUGUAUUAUAUUUAGACUGAUUUGCCAGGAAAAGUGUUUCGAGAAGAUCUGUGGUGCAGACACACCACGUAGUAUGGAUUUAAG